AUGGGUAAAGCGCCACAUAAGAAGUUCACAACAAAUGCAAACCCUACGGGAAAUACUGUAGCCGCUGAUAAACAUGUCAACUCUGUUUUCAAGUUUAAUACGAAUUUAGGCCAACAUAUUUUGAAGAACCCCUUGGUUGCCCAGGGUAUCGUUGACAAAGCUCAGAUCAGGCCAAGUGAUACGGUUUUGGAAGUAGGUCCCGGUACAGGUAAUUUGACUAUAAGAAUCCUAGAAAAAGCAAGAAAAGUCAUUGCUUCGGAAAUGGAUCCAAGAAUGGCAGCUGAAUUAACUAAAAGAGUUCAUGGAACCCCGCAAGAAAAGAAAUUGGAAAUCUUGCUUGGGGAUUUUAUCAAAACAGAUUUACCUUAUUUCGACAUAUGUAUAUCAAACACUCCCUACCAGAUAUCGUCUCCGCUAGUGUUUAAAUUAUUGAACCAACCUAAACCACCGAGAGUAUCCAUCCUCAUGUUUCAAAGAGAGUUUGCAAUGAGAUUGGUAGCAAGACCUGGAGAUGAAUUGUAUUGCAGAUUAUCUGCCAAUGUACAAAUGUGGGCUAACGUAACACAUAUAAUGAAAGUGGGUAAGAAUAACUUCAGACCCCCUCCGAAAGUUGAAUCAAGUGUGGUUAGGAUAGAGACUAAGAAUCCAAGACCAAAUAUUGACUUUAAUGAAUGGGAUGGGUUGUUGAGAGUCGUGUUUGUGAGAAAGAAUAAAACCAUUGCUGCUGGAUUUAAAAGUCUGAAUGUGGUUGAUAUAUUGGAGAAGAAUUAUAAGACUUGGUUGGCUACACAAGAGCUAGCCAAUGACGACAAAAUGGUGGUCGAUGAUCGAUCAACCUUGAAGGAUGUGGUGAAGGAGAAAAUCGCAAAAGUAUUGACGGAAACAGGUUUUGCAGAUAAGAGGGCAGGUAAACUAGAUCAAACGGAUUUUUUAAAGUUGUUAUAUGCUUUUCAUCAAGUUGGUAUACAUUUUGCAUAA